AUAAAAUAAGUUCAAUCUGAGAGAGAAACACAGAGAGAGAGAGAGAGAGAGAGAUGUCAGGGGGUAGUGGUGAAGGCAAGGAACACAAAGAUGGAGAGAACAUGGCUGCUUGGCUUCUUGGCAUCAAAACCCUUAAAAUUCAACCAUUUCAUCUGCCUUCUCUCGGCCCCCAUGAUGUCAAAGUCGGGAUAAAAGCUCUUGGUAUAUGUGGAAGUGAUGUUCACCACUUCAAGACAAUGAGAUGUGCAAAUUUCAUCGUCAAAAAGCCCAUGGUUAUAGGGCAUGAGUGUGCUGGAAUCAUAGAGGAAGUUGGAAGCCAAGUGAAAUCUCUAGCAGUAGGCGACCGUGUAGCAUUAGAGCCUGGAAUCAGUUGCCGGCAGUGCAAUCUCUGCAAAGAUGGUCGCUACAAUCUUUGCCCAGAGAUGAAAUUUUUCGGUUCUCCCCCAACUAAUGGCUCUCUUGCUAAUAAGGUGGUGCAUCCAGCAAAUUUAUGUUUUAAACUACCUGACAAUGUGAGCUUGGAAGAAGGAGCAAUGUGUGAACCCCUCAGUGUUGGUGUCCAUGCUUGUCGUCGGGCAAAUGUCAGUCCUGAGACAAAUGUAUUGAUCAUCGGAUCAGGACCAAUAGGGCUUGUCACACUAUUAGCUGCUCGUGCUUUUGGAGCUCCCAGAAUUGUCAUUGCUGAUGUUGAUGAAUGCCGUUUAUCUAUUGCGAAGGAUCUUGGUGCAGAUGAGACUAUUCAAGUUUCAACAAAUAUUCAGGAUGUUAGUGAAGAAGUAGUAAAGAUACAAAAUGCCAUGGGCUCCGGCAUUGAUAUCAGCUUUGAUUGUGUUGGCUUUGACAAAACCAUGUCGACGGGGUUGAGUGCCACUCGCUCCGGUGGCAAAGUUUGUCUUAUUGGAUUAGCUAAGAGUGAGAUGACUGCCCCUCUUACCCCGGCGGCAGCCAGGGAGGUUGAUGUGAUUGGCAUAUUCCGAUAUAGGAAUACAUGGCCGCUCUGCAUUGAGUUUCUGAAGACCGGUAAGAUCGACGUUAAGCCCUUGAUAACUCACAGGUUUGGCUUCUCACAGCAGGAGGUAGAAGAUGCAUUUGAAACCAGUGCUCGUGGAGGUAGUGCCAUUAAAGUCAUGUUUCAUCUGUAAAAGAGGAAUGUGAGCUGACUUAUGGCUUCUUUCUUCCGCUCUUCCAUCUUAGUACCAGCUAAGAAUGAUAAUAUAUGGAUGGCCUACCUAUAAAAUAAAUUAAUUUCGGUCUACUUUUAUCAUCUUUCCAUUUCUUCUUUAUGGUUAAAAAAAAUAAUAAGUUCUUUGCCAAACAAGGAAGACAGUAAUUCAGUAUUCAAGAUACGAUAAUUGGAGACAUUGCUACUCUGCACCUUUGGCUCAUAUCAGAAAGCCUAUUCCAAGCAAACAGUACAUACUGGUGGACGUCCCAAAUACUUGGUAAAAUUUUAGAAGAGGAAAGGCAUUACAGUCCAAAGUAUUGUAAACAAUAGGCAGAACCUUUGAUGAUCAAUCUAUUUCUCCAGCUAUAUCAUGAAUUCUCUGAAUUCUUUUUAA